AUGACCCCGACUGUCGAAAAAGAAGAGCAUGAAGCAUCCGAACCUGUUGAAAAUACUGCGAACGGCCACAAUCAUCACCACGAAGCCGAGAAUUCUCAUUCGCAUUCUCAUAGUCAAAGUCAUAGCCCAAGUCUAAUCUCGAAUCACAAUCAUUCUCAUUCCCACGGCCACAACCACAGCCAUGGUCAUGUACAUUCACAUUCUGUGGUCGGUGCCAAGGUAGAAAGCUCAGGCGACUCUCCAAUACUGGGAACCAAAACUUCGGAUGCUUACACAACGCCCUUCCAGGGCUCCGAGAAUAUACCCCUAAGCUAUGAAAUUACCACAGGUGUUUUGACGGCUAUCCCGUGGUCGUUGCUAUCAUGGUACAUGAGGCAAUACACAGCCCCCACCUCCCACAAAGUAUGGCGAAUGCUGAAGUCCGCAGCCGCGAAGCAAAGAUUCUUGAAAACGUACUCUCCAGAAACCGCAGUCGAUACAGUAUGGUGGAGGACUUUGGUGUUGGUAUCCGUCACAAUGCUCUCAAUGGGCGGAAUCGCAUUACUUCGUCGACAACGCGCCGGUCAAAGCCUUCAAAACGGGUACGGCUUCCAGCUUAGCAUCGGUUCCGCACAAAAGGCCCUUCUACGCGUUCUAUCUCUAAUACUACCUAUAUACGCCGGCAUGGUCAUUGGUGGUACAAUGGUGGCUCUAGCAUUGAGUCUAGCCUACGCGGCAGGCAUUCCCACUAUAUUCCAGGUCGAAUGGAAUGGUGGCAAACUGCGAGAAAAGCUUGGGAACAAGAAAGCGUCCUUAUUUGUGCUUUCUUUAUUUAUUGUAUUGAAUGUUCUUGGUUAUGAUUUUCCUGUUGAUACCCAACCGUUCCGCGGAUACAUUGCAUUAAUUGUUUCGAUCUUCGUUCUUCGUCCACCUUUUGCGACACCAAGAGAUUCCAUUCCAACAUUACAGAAGUCUGAUAUUACCUCAGCAUCACAGCUUUUUGAUGGCUUCAUGGCCCUCUUCGGUCAACAAGCGUCAGCUCUAUCAMCCAUCCCGCCGAUAGCAUCUCCUGAAGACAUUCAACUCACCCUAGCCUCCGGCGGAGUUGUCGGCUUGUUUUGUGUGCUGGUAGCGCCUUUCCGUGCAGGCAACAUACCCUUUGGUACAUAUGAUUUGAUCAAGACGAUAUUCAUUGCGCUCGCCUUUGCAUUCUCGAUGACAUUUUCAUCCCCGGCAGGAUUACGAUCACGCCAGAAGAUUGGUUUUAUUGCUACGGCUUUGGUGCUUGUCUUAACAAGUGCAGUGCCUCAUGAAGAGAGCAGCCGUAUCGCACACAUUGCCUGGUCAAUUUUAGCUGCCUUGUGUUAUUUGGCUGCCGCUUUUGAUGACCCCAAACCGGGUGAGGUCACACCUGCAAAAAUCGAGCUAUCGUCCAUGACGAAAUUUCUUUUGAAACACGGCGAGUCGUGGCCGAUUCUACACAGCAUUCUAUCGAAGGAAGACUCGCGCAAGAUCUUCUACUUCAUGUGUCUAAACUUUGGUUUUAUGCUUGUCCAAUUGACCUACGGGUUUGUCACCGGGUCGCUCGGUCUUCUCAGUGACAGCAUUCACAUGUUCUUUGACUGUCUUGCUCUUGUAGUUGGUUUAUCAGCUGCAGUUAUGAGUCGGUGGCCUCCCAGCGUACGCUUUCCAUAUGGCUAUGGCAAAGUUGACACCCUAUCCGGGUUCGCCAACGGAGUGUUCCUAAUGAUCAUCAGUUUAGAGAUCAUAUACGAGGCAGUGGAGCGACUGAUCUCUGGCAGUGAGAUGCGCCGUAUUGAGGAACUUCUUGUCGUCAGUAUUGCCGGUCUUGCUGUCAAUCUCGUUGGUAUCAUGGCUUUUGACCAUGGACACGCACACGGUCACGAUCAUGGCCAUGGUCAUGACCACUCUCAUGGCAACGAAAACAUGCACGGAAUCUUCUUGCACAUUUUGGCCGAUACACUCGGUUCGGUGGCAGUGGUCAUUUCGACUAUUCUAGUACACUUUUACGGCUGGUCGGGCUUUGAUCCUCUCGCAUCUUGCUUCAUUGCGAUACUCAUCUUUGCAUCUGCCGUUCCACUUGUGUCAAGCACGGCGUCCUCGUUAUUGCUUGCCAUGCCGGCUGAUGUAGAGUAUAAUCUGAGAGAUACUUUGGCUGGACUGGACACGGCCAUGGACACGGGCACGAUCAUGGACAUGGACAUAGUCACGAUCACAACCACAGCCAUGGCCACUCUCACAAUCACCAUGAUCACGACCAUAAUCACGAUCAUGACGAUCAUGACCACAGUCAUGAUCAUAGUCACGAAAAGCAUACCUCCGAACCCAAAAUCCUUGGCAUGA